UUAAUAUAUUUAGGCGGCAUAUAAUUCAUAUGCUUACUUUAUCAGUUUGCAAUAUUAGCGACAGUUAAAUUAAUAGUACUUCACCUAUAGAAUCGUCAAAUUAAUCGAUCAAUACAGCACAUGGCGGAUACGUGUUGUUAAUGUUCCAGUGAAAAAUUUACUGAUUAUUCAUGCACAGUUGCAUAAACGAUUGGCUCAUUGGAGCUAAAUACGUGCCAGAAUGUCAACUUUUCUUGGGCUUAUUAAGGAGAUACCUGGCAUCUCAGUGGAUCGUUUUGAUGGAGAAAAUUUAUCAUCUUCUGUAUUCUUUCUUAGUCAUUGUCACUGUGAUCAUAUGCGUGGUUUAUCUGACCUUUUUUUUGAAUAUUUAGAUGAGAAUAACAAAUAUCUAUAUUGUAGUCAUAUUACGAAGGCUCUAUUAGAAAAUAAAUUUAAAUUUAAAGAUACUUGUAUAAAAGAAAUAAAUAUCAACGCAUCUGUUGUUAUAGAAUAUAAAACACAGAAUAAAGAUGAAAUCCUUAUUUCUGUAACUUCUAUUUCUGCAGGACACUGUCCUGGUUCUGUAAUGUUUCUUUUUGAAAGAAAUAAUGUUUCGAUAUUGUAUACUGGUGAUUUUCGUAUUAAUCCAGUAGAUUUCUCAAAGUUGAAAGCUUUACAUUAUUACAAAGAUUCUAAACUGUUUCCUAGAACAUUUACUAAAGUCUACUUAGAUACAACAUUUCUAAGCAAUGAUUUUAUUUUCUUUCCAACUAGACAAGAGAGUUUACUUAAAAUAUGUACAGUUACCAAAGAUUGGUUAAAUAAGGACCCAAGAAAUGUUGUUAUUCUGGAAUGUUCUGCUACUUAUGGUUCAGAAUUUCUUUUUAUAGAACUGUUUAAGAUGUUAAACAUGAAAAUUCAUGUUAAAAAUUAUGUGUAUGAAACUUAUUGUCGUAUCGAACAAUUAUCUUGUUGUGUUACAAAUGAUCCACAUAGUACACCAAUUCAUGCUUGCAAGGGAAAAAUAUCUUCCUCGGGUUUACAUUGUAGAAGUAAUGUAAAAAUAACAAGUAUUAUGACUAUCAUUCCAUCUGUAAUGAAAUGGAGAAAGAGAGAUACGAGUGUGAUAGGAGAGUGGGAUAAAACUAAAGAAAGAACUUUCAAUGUGUGUUAUUCCACUCACUCUUCUCUCAAUGAACUGAAAGCAUUUGUACAAUAUUUUAAGGCAUUAGAAAUAUAUCCAUGUGUAGUUAAAACAGAAGAAGAAGAAGAGGUAUAUCGUUUGUUAGAUGAAAUCACAAACACAUCUGAUGAUCAAGUAAAAUUGAGAGAGACAUAUAAAUUAGAGCUUCCAAAUAAAAAAGCAUUAAGUAACUCUUCAUUUAAAUCUGAAUACUUCAGUAGUGAUGAUGAUAGUUUUUGAUGUUAAUUAAUAUUUAAGUACUAAUGAGUAUUAGCUAUUAAAUUUUGUAAUAUAUUGUUAUUUGA